AUGGCUGCCUUCACACCUCUCUUCAUCUGUGCGGUGUGUGCAUUGCUUUUAUCAGCUGCAUUCUAUGUUUUAAAAGUUUUUAAGCAAUCAGCUUUAAAUUUGCCUCCUGGUCCAUUUCAUCUUCCGAUGGUUGGCAACCUGCAUCUGCUGGACAUCAGAAGGCAAGACAAGUCACUAAUGAAGAUUUCAGAGAAAUAUGGCCCCGUGUUCACUGUUCAUUUGGGUUUUCAAAAGGUGGUGGUGCUCACUGGCUACGAGGCAGUAAAUGAUGCCCUUCUGAACAGGGCAGACGUGUUUAUGGACAGACCAGCUAUACCCAUAUUCUAUGAGAUUCAACACGGAAACGGUGUGUUCUUUUCUUCUCAAGAGGUCUGGAAGACGACGCGGCGGUUCACUGUAGCCACCAUGCGGGAUCUCGGCAUGGGGAAGCGUCUUGGAGAAGAAAUGAUGCUUGAGGAGCUUCACUUUCUCGUUGAGUUGAUUAAAUCUUUCAAAGGUGGACCUUUCCGGUUACGAUUUUUGAAUACAGCCCCUACCAACAUCACCUUUGCUAUUCUCUUUGGGAAAAGGUUUGAUUAUGAUGACCCAACAUUUGUCACUCUGUUAAGACUCAUAGAUGAAGUUAUGCACCUUCUUGGCUCUCCAUUCUUGCACUUAUUUAAUUUCUACCCAUUCCUUGGAUUUCUCCUCAAACCUCACAAGCUGAUACUGAAAAAAGUGGACGAGGUGUGUGUGAUCCUGAAGAAGAGGAUCGAGGAAAGCAAGGAAAACGUUAGGGAAAAGAGCCUGAUGAGCUACAUUGAUGCAUUGGUAUUAAAACAAGAGCAAAACCAAAGCAAUACGCUUUUUCAUGAUGCAAAUGUAUUGGCCUGUGCGCUUGACUUGCUCAUGGCUGGCACUGAGACAACAUCCACGACAUUGCAGUGGGCCAUCCUGCUGAUGACAAAAUACCCUGAGAUUCAAAAAAAGGUGCACACAGAGAUUGAGCGAGUUCUUGGCCCUGACUGCUUGCCUACCUUUGAGGACCGGAAAAACAUGCCAUUUACCAACGCAGUAAUCCACGAGGUGCAGAGAUUCGUCACCCUCCUGCCACAUGUUCCACGGUGCACCUCAGUUGACACCCACUUUAAAGGCUACUUCAUCCCCAAGGGAACAACAGUGAUUCCUCUGCUCACCUCCGUGCUGCUGGAUAAAACACAGUGGGAGACACCAGAUGAGUUCAACCCCAACCACUUCCUUGAUGCAGAUGGGAACUUUGUAAAGAAGAAAGCGUUCCUGCCUUUCUCCACAGGGCGGAGAAACUGCAUUGGAGAAAGUCUUGCCACGGUGGAGCUUUUCAUCUUCUUCACAGGCUUGAUGCAGAAAUUUACUUUUAAGCCUCCAUCUGGGGUCAAAGAAGCUGAGCUGAACACGACUGCAGAGGCUGGAUUCACCAUGAGACCUCACCCACAGUGUACCUGUGCUGUGCUGCGCCACUGA